GCUGCCGGGCCCAGGCUGUUCCUCGGGGCGGAGCGCAGCGGGGGCGGCCCGGGCCGGGAGCCGGCAGAAGGGAGCAGAGCACUGGGCUCCGGGCAUGGCGCUGCACGCAGGGGCCGUCGCCAUCAUCCGGCUCCGCAACCCGCCCGUCAACGCGCUGAGCUUGUCAGUUCUCCAGGCAUUAGAGGAUGGACUGAAGAGAGCAGAUGCAGAUCCUUCAGUCAAAGCUGUUAUGAUUUGUGGUGAAAAUGGGAAAUUCAGUGCAGGAGCUGACAUUCAAGGGUUUUCCUCCAUGAAGAGACAUGGCAUUUCCUUGGGUCCCAUCGUGUCUCUUAUAGAAAGGAGUGAGAAGCCUGUGGUGGCUGCCAUAGAAGGCAUUGCCUUGGGAGGAGGCCUGGAGGUAGCCCUUGGCUGUCACUAUCGCAUUGCACAUCUGAAGGCACGGCUGGGUUUACCAGAGGUCACCAUUGGGUUACUUCCAGGUGCUGAAGGCACUCAGCGACUUCCCAGACUGAUUGGGGUACCAGCUGCCCUGGAUAUAAUCACUACAGGAAGACAUGUUCCAGCAACUGAAGCACUGAAGCUGGGCUUGGUUGAUGAAGUUGUGGAAGAAGACACAGUUGAGGCAGCGAUUCGCUUGGCAAACAGAGUGAUUGGCCAGCCACUGGGACACCGCAGGCUCAGCCUGAAGCCAGUUCCAAAAGUGCCCAACUUGGAAGCAUUUCUCAGUGAGGCUCUUGUGAAGGUGAAGAAACAAGCCCGUGGCUGGCUGGCUCCAGAGCUGUGUUUCCAGGCAGUCAAAGCUGCCACCGAGAAGCCCUUUGCAGAUGGUGUCCGGAAGGAGCGAGAGCUGUUUAACCUCCUGCUGACCUCAGGCCAGGCCCAAGCACUGCAGUAUGCCUUCUUUGCAGAGAGAGCAGUGCAGAAGUGGACAACACCCCAUGGAGCUUCGUGGAAAAGUGCUUCCCCUCAGCCCAUCCACAAAGCAGCUGUGAUAGGGCUGGGAACAAUGGGCCGAGGCAUUGUGACUUCUCUGGUUAAGGCCAACAUACCUGUGGUAGCCCUGGAGCAGGAUGUGGAGCAUCUGAACACAGGAAGAAAAGCUGUGAUGCUUCUUUUAGAACGGGAGGCUCAGAAAAUGCAACAGGGGGGCCAAACUCUGGAUUUCCAUAACCCCGCACGACUCCAGUUCACCGUGGACUUUGACGUGUUGCGUGCUGUAGAUCUGGUCAUUGAGGCUGUGUUUGAGAACAUGGCACUCAAGAAGGAAAUCUUCCACAAGCUGUCAAGGAUCUGCAAGCCAGGGGCCUUGCUGUGUACAAACACCUCGGCCCUGAACAUCGACGAAAUCGCUUCUGCCACGAGCCGCCCGCAGCAGGUCGUUGGCACACACUUCUUCUCCCCUGCUCACGUCAUGAGGCUGUUGGAAAUCAUCUAUGGCCACCACACAUCCCCCACCACCAUCGCCACUGCUGUGCAGCUGGCCAAGAGGCUAGCCAAAGUCGGAGUGGUGGUAGGGAACUGUUUUGGGUUCGUUGGGAACCGAAUGAUGUUUCCCUACGUACAACAGGCGGUUUUCCUUUUAGAGGAAGGCAGUACACCUGAAGCAGUGGAUGGGGUGCUGGAAGAUUUUGGGUUGAAGUUGGGGCCUUUCCGAAUGUCUGACCUCGCUGGGCUGGAUGUGGGCUGGAGGUCUAGGCAGGAGCAGGGUCUCACCGGGGCCUCGCUGCCCGCGGGAACACCCACGCACCAGCGGCACGGCCAUCGCUACAGCCCGCUGCCCGACCUGCUCUGUGAGCAUGGCAGGUUUGGCCAGAAAACUGGGAAGGGCUGGUACCAGUAUGAGAAGGCUGGGGGCAGGAUGGCCAAGCCCGAUCCGUGGCUUCAUAGUUUCCUGGCCCGCUACAGAGACACCCACCGCAUCCAGAGCCGUGUCAUAGACCAGGAGGAGAUCCUGGAGCGCUGCUUGUUUUCCCUCAUCAAUGAAGGGUUUGACAUCCUGGCUGAGGGGAUAGCAUCAGGCCCAGAGCACCUGGAUGUAGUUUAUACCAGUGGCUACGGGUGGCCAAAGCACAAGGGUGGGCCCAUGUUCUACGCCUCCACCGUCGGGCUCCCUCGUGUCCUGGCUAAGCUGCAGCAGUACUCCAGAGCCCACCCCGACGUGCCUGGGCUACAGCCCAGUGCCUUUCUGAGGAAGCUGGUGGCUGUGGGGAACCCUCCCCUCAAGGAGUGGAUGGGCCACCUUGGCUGGCAGAGCAAGCACAAGCUGUGAUUUCGUUGAUGCCUCCUUGAUACAUUGAGUGGAGGCUGAUCUCAGGAAGCAGGUAAUGGAAUUUCAUUGUCAGUUCCAAUCAAAACCAAAGUGCCACAGGUUUGUAAACAAUGUCACUGCCUUUCCUGGUCCCUUGCAGAGAUUCACUUUGACUAGUGAUUGUUCUGAAUCCCCCUCCUGCUGCAGGUAACUGCUGCCAUCACCCACCAGCCUCAGCCACCUUCUUUCCACAUUGCUAUGUAAAGGCUGGGUUCAUUCUACCCAGCCUUCAGGUCUUCACAGUUGCACGUCUCUUCCAGUCUGUCCUUGUGGAAGGGAGGGAUCAGCAUCCACAGACCGUCAGUUAAACCAUAGUGGAAGGCAAAUGAGAGUUGAUUACAGUUCACCCAAGACUGGCUGAAUCUACCAAAUCCCACUCUAAACCCAGCUUGUUCAGGUCCUUCCUGUGCAGCCCACCUCGACUGGAUUCCUGGCUCUCCCAAAGACAGCCAGCUGGAGCCUCUCCUCUUCCUGCUGCCAGAGGAGAGAUCAUAGAAUCACAGAAUGGUAGGGUUGGAAGGGACCUUUAGAGAUCAUCCAGUCCAACCCCCCUGCAGAAGCGGGUUCACCUACAUCAGGUCACACAGGAACAUGUCCAGGCUGGUCUUGAAGACCAUGAAGGAAGGAGCCUCCACACCCUCCCUGGGCAGCCUGGGCCAGGGCUCCCUCAACUCACAAUGAAAUAGUUCUUUCUUAUGUUUAAAUGGAACUUCUUGUGCUCCAGCUUCAUCCCAUCACCCCUUGUCCUGUUGCUAAAUACCAUAGAAAAAAAGUGCUGCCCCAAGCUCCUGACACCCACCAUUUAGACUUUUGUAAAUAUGAAUGAGAUGGCACAAAGGGCAUAGCAAGAGUCCCAGGAACUGGAGAGAGCAGGUUUGGGCAGAGAACAAGGGGAAUGGCUGAUAGCACCCCUCCCUGCUGCAGAGGAGUCUCUCAUAAAUGAAUGCUUCAACAUCUCACCUGGCCUGUGGUGUUGGCUCAUCACUGGCCCUCUGCAGCCAGACUGCAUCCUCUGUUAUCAUUAUCCCCACCUGGCUUUGUCCAAGCAGAAACAUCUCCUGGCAUCUCUAGUGUGGGUAUGUGUUGCCAUCACCCCUGCUAACUAGUUUCCUUACAGCUACUGAGUCUUGGGGCUCAAUGUGUUCUAACUGACCAGAAUGAAACACGGCCUGGCACUUACUGUAUGCCCCUACAGGCAUAAGUCACAGUGAGAAGGCAGAAACAUUGCUGCAGGCAGGCAGGGGGGUGGCAGAUCUCUGGCAGAGAGCAGAACAAGGGGAGAAUGAGCCAAAACUUGCAGUAGGCUCGAUGCUUUGGGGCAAGGCAUCCCAUUUCUGGUGUCCAGUGAAUGUGUCUUCCAGCGUGGUGUGGGGAACAGGUUGGUUUGGGUUCAACUCUCAGGGAUAUUGGAUGGCCAACUCUUUAUUUUAAUAAAACUGCUUUGAUUGUCUCGUGACAGGUUUUCUGGGAUCACACAGGACAGCAGAAAGCAUGUGCUUCAUCUUUGUUUUUUCUCCAUCACUUCUGUACGUGGUAGAAUAAUUUUCCUGUUUGUGGAGGAGUUUGG